AACCAUAAUAAAUACGCACCAUUCCUAUGUUCUCGGAGUUCAUAUGAACGAGAAGUUGCACUAUAGUGGUGAGAGAUAAUAACUUCGUACCAUGGAUAUGGUGAAUGGAGAGAAGGGAAGCGAGCACUUACAGGCUCAAGCUCACAUAUGGAACCACAUAUUCAACUUCAUCAAUUCCAUGUGCUUGAAAUGUGCCAUUCAAUUAGGCAUUCCUGACACCAUCCACCACCAUGGCCAACCCAUGACCCUCAACGCCCUAGUCUCUGCACUUCAAAUUCACCCCUCAAGAGAUCACGGUGUCGAGCGGCUCAUGCGCAUUCUCGUCCACUCUGGAUUUUUCGAACAGAAGAAGCUCACACCGGACGGUGGAGACGCCUACGUACUCAACCGCGUGUCCGAGCUCCUCCUUAAGGACAAUCCCUUGAGUGUUGCACCGUUCACACUGGCCAUGCUCGACCCUAUUUUGAUGAACCCUUGGCACGGCUUGGGCGCGUGGUUCCACAACCAUGUCGACCCAACCCCGUUCGAAAUGAUGCAAGGGAUGUCGCUUUGGAGAUAUGCAGAUAAUGAGCCGAGGCUCAACCGCUUUUUCAAUGAGGGCAUGGCUAGCGAUGCUCGACUGGUGGGUAGCGUGGUGGUUAACCAGUGCAGAGGGGUGUUCGAAGGAAUAACAUCGUUGGUCGAUGUAGGAGGGGGGACCGGAACAAUGGCCAAUGCCAUAGCGAACACCUUUCCGCAUAUUGAAUGCACAAAUUUUGAUCUUCCACAUGUGGUAGCCAAUCUGGAACUGAGUAAGAACGUGAAAUGUGUUGCCGGGGACAUGUUUGAGGCGAUACCCCCCGGGGAUGCAAUACUAUUGAAGUGGAUACUCCAUGACUGGAGUGAUGAAGAUGGUGUGAAGAUACUAAAGCGAUGCAAGGAGGCCAUAAGCAAGGGCAAGGGCAAGAAGAAGAAGGUGAUAAUAAUUGACAUGGUGAUGGAGAACAGAAAAGGUGACAAGGAGAUGAACGAAACCCAACUCUUCUUCGACAUGUUGAUGAUGACCAUUGUCUCAGGAAGAGAGAGGAAUGAGACAGAAUGGGCUAGGCUCUUUGUCGAUGCUGGUUUCGGGGAUUACAAAAUCACCCCAAUAGUAGGGUUGCGAUCCCUCAUUGAGGUUUACCCCUCAUGAUCAAUUAUCAAUUGCCACUCCAUGUGGGUUGGUAAAUUAGGAUCGAUUGCAAUAAGGCUUCUUUGGCCAUAUACUAUGGUAGUGCACGUAUGCAUCAUUUUGUAAUUGAUA